AAAACACAGAACGGGAUGCACACGGAAAACUGCAAGGGAGCCUCGGAUGUUUACAACAGAACUGCAAAAAAUAAUGCCAUAAUGAGCAAAUCUAUACGGUUGGCGUCAUUUUGUCGCCUUUGUUUGUCGAAAACCAAGGACAAGGUGGCCGUGUUCGCCGAGGGGAACUUGCUGGAUAAUCUCCUUAGGCUGAUUGAGAUUGAGAUUGAUCCGGACGUUGAACCGAAUGCGGUGGUCUGUUACGAUUGUGUGGUGACUUUGGAAGGAUUUCAUCAGUUCAAAGAGCAGUGCCAUGUUAAUGAUGAGUUUGUGAAGACGAUUCCGGCCAAGGCGGACUAUUCCGGAUCAUCCAACGGAGAAGAAGAGGAAGACGAAGAUAGGAAUAGAAGCGAUGAUGAUGAUGAAGAAGAGGAAGAUCGCCUUGAACUUAGCGAAGCUGAAGAGGUGUUCCAUGAAUUGCCAGCUCCUCCGAAGAAAAGGAAGGCCCCCGUUGUUGAAAGUCCUAAGAAGACUAUUAGACAACCCGUUACACCGGUACAAGCAAAGAAACAAAGAACGGCAAAAUCCGUAACGUCGCCUAAGACUUCGCUCGAUGAGCUCCAAGUUCUGCAGGAGUCCUAUCCGGAUUACUUUUACUUCGAGAAAGGCUCCCGCUCAAUCUACUACACGCUGGUUUUCUACGGCGAGCGGUACAAUUCGGCACUCUUUACGGAACGGACCACCUACUGGCAAUGUAUUCACCGGAGGAAAUACGCCUGCCAGGCACAGGUUCGGGUUUCCAACGAUUACAAGACCUUUGAACGGCACUACGAGCACGCCCACAAGCAACUGCCGGAAAAGGAGGGGCAAGCUUUCACGCCACACGAAGCCCUCCCGGAGCUGUUCAAAAUCUGCAAGCGGAUCGUUGAAGAGAAAAAGCUCAAGAAGGAUAUAAAAACGGAAACUUUUGAAAGUAAAUUUCAAGAGUUUGCCGAAGAAUCAAAGCACAAGGAACCGGUAAAGAAGAGCAGUUCAAAAACUAAGGGAAAAGCUUCUAAAAUUUAUUCAUCGGAUUCAGAUCCAGAAUUUGAACCAGAAACCAAGAUAGAAAGUAAAUCUAAAAAAAUAGUCAAACCUAAGGAAGUAGAAGCUAAAAACGUCGAAUACAACGACUCGGAUCCCGACCAAGAAGAAAAUUUGGAUCUUGAACAAAUUGAACAAGAAUGCGAUGCUAUAAACGUACCAAAGCGUCCCACCAGUGGACCGACCCUGGAGGAUUUGCUUGUGCUGCAGGAUUCCUACCCGGACUAUUUCUUCUUUGAAAAAGGUCCUCGGUCCAUCCAUUUCACGCUGGUGUAUUACGGAGAACGGUUCCACUCGGCUCUGUUCACCGAGCGGUACACUUAUUGGCACUGCCGACAUCGUCGCAAGUACAAAUGUCCAGCCCAGGUGUGCGUCACCAACGAUUACAAGACCUUCGAACGGCGUUACGAACACAGCCAUCCGGAAUUGCCCGACAAAGAAGGGCAGGCAUUCACACCGAAAGAGGCUCUUCCGAAACUGUUCGAGGCGUGUCGGAAAAUCGUCCAGAGGAGCCGAGCUAAACGGCGUCAGAAACUACUGCACAAGUACCAAUUCCUCAACUCCAUAAAUAGCUCGGCGGAACUUGAGCAGGAAGACCAACCUUCUUACGAAAGCGUAGAUGUGGAUCAAGAGGAUCUGAUUGAAGUUAUCGAGGAUGAAUGUGUUGACGAUGGUACGGGUUCUAAGGAAAUGGAAUAUGAGGAGCUUAUCGAAGAAGAUUGAGUAGUAAACUGUUGCAUAUUUUAAUACUGCGCUAAGGUUUAUUCUAGACGGCAAAUUUCUUUUCAGGUAAAUGUAUGCUAAAUUUUCAAUAAUUGUAUUUUCUCAUAAGUUAAACUGUAUCAUAUUGUUUGACUAUAAAUAAUACAAAGUAUAAUGUUA